AACAGCCAAUGAGCUCUAAGUGCAAGCUAUCUCAUCCUCAGUAUAAAUACACGUAGUUCACUUCCAUGGUGCCACAUUCCAGAACAUUUUCAGACAUACGUCCAUCUCAAGUCUCAGAUUUCUUCUCUGUGACGAAUCAGUUUUCAGUAAUGCCGGGUGACAAAUGUGGAAAAGGUCCAGGCUACGCUUCUCCAGAGGAGGCGAUCAGGUGUGGGUCACGAGAGACGUUGAUGUACGCCAUGUGCAUCGUGCCCCCCUCACAGCGCCACAUCAGACACGACUGCAUGGCCACAGUGGACAUUGACCCCACCUCUCCCACCUACUGCCAGGUCAUUUCGCGCUGGCGCGCCCCUUACAAAGGCGAUGAGCUGCACCACAGCGGAUGGAACGUCUGCUCCAGCUGCCAUGGUGACUCCAAGAAAAGUCGCAAUCGUCUGAUUUUGCCUUGCUUCAACAGCGACAGGAUCUACGUCUUGGAUACUGGCACUGAUCCCAGGAGCCCACAGCUGUUUCGGGUGAUCGAGCCGACUGACGUACAUAAGAAGACUGGUUUGGGGGCACCUCACACGUCCCACUGUCUUGGGACAGGGCAGGUCAUGAUCAGCUGCAUCGCCGACGCCAACGGCAACGGGGGCAAAAGUGGUUUCAUCCUCCUGGACGGCAAGGAUUUUGACAUCAUCGGCAACUGGGAGAAGGGCCCUGUGACCCCAAAGUUCGGCUACGACUUCUGGUACCAACCUCGGCACAAUGUGAUGAUGUCUUCGGGAUUUGGUGCACCCAACGUAUGGCGUUCAGGCUUCGUGGCGGACCAUGUGGACCAGGGUCUGUACAGCAGCAGUAUCCAUGUGUGGGACUGGACGACCCACACCCUCCAGCAGAGCAUUGAUCUAGGCACUGACGGACUCAUACCACUGGAAAUUCGAUUUCUGCACAACCCUGCCGCUGCCGAGGGCUUUGUGGGUGCGGCGCUCGGUUCUUGCGUCUUCCGCUUCUUUAAAAAGAGCGGAGAAUGGGCAGCAGAGAAAGUGAUUGACAUUCCAGCAAAAAAGGUAGAAGGCUGGACUCAAGCCGAAAUGCCAAGUUUGGUGACCUUCAUCCUCCUGUCUCUUGAUGACCGCUUCUUGUACAUCAGCAACUGGCUUCACGGUGACAUUCGUCAGUACGACAUCACCGACACCAGCAAUCCUAAACUAGUGGGGCAGUUGUUUGUUGGGGGGAAUCUGUGCAAGGACCGGAACAUCAAAGUUCUAGAGGACCCCGAGGGUAUGAUAGCGACCCACACUGAGCCACUGUACGUGAAAGGGCUGCGAAUUGAGGGCGGUCCUCAGAUGUUGCAGCUGAGUCUGGAUGGGAAGCGUCUCUAUGUUUGUAACUCCUUGCUGUCUGUUUGGGACCAACAGUUCUACCCAGAACUGCCCAAGAAAGGUAGCACUAUGCUGCAAAUCGAUGUCAACACAGAGAUGGGUGGACUGACCCUGAACCCCAACUUCUUGGUUGACUUUGGAGACGACCCAGACGGCCCCAUGCUGGCUCAUGAGAUUCGUUAUGAUGGCGGUGACUGCACCUCUGACAUCUGGCUCUGAGCUUCUUGUAUCUCAUGCUUGUACUUCAUGUUCACUGAAAUAUCUACUGGCUUAUUAUUAUUUGUAAGACUUUAAUAGUUUAUUUUAUGCCAGUGAUCCUUGAAAUAAGUUUACUUUUGCAUGACUUUUUUCACUUUAUUAAUCUUUCAGUAUGGAUAGACACAGUGUAUCACAAAUAUUUUUAAGAAAAGUUUCCAUAUUGUUUAAUUCCAUUUCUUUACAACAGAGCAUGUUUGUGCAAAAUAAUCACAAUGCCUCACCAUUAUUCCAUAAGAAACUAGGGAAAGAAAAUCUUGACCAAAAUAUGAAAUUUCACAUACAUACACAACCUGCUGUGCAAUUCCAUAUCUGUACAAGUAUAUAUUUUAAUCUUAAAACCGAUAAUCUUAAACCCAGAAACCAUGUGCCCUUUUUUCUGAUUUCAAAGCAAACAAAAAGCUAUUUUGUGCUGUACAAUAUUACCUAGAACCAAACUUAUGACCACAAAACAGUCCACCCCUUGCUUGUAUAUUUUCUUUGCAAGUCUUGCAUAGCUAGUAGUCUAAAUAGCUCUCUUGUUUCUUGCUCCCUUCUGAAUAUAAUAAAAAAAAAACAUGAAAGUAUAUAGUACACAGUUUGCUUGAAAGGUUGAUUUUAAAACAAAAUGAAUAUCUAUAGAGAAAUUCUUUAGUUUUUGUUACAUUCCUGCAGCACAUCUGGAAAAUAUUCAAAAGCAUAAGAAUGCAGAUAAAUAAAUUUACAUUAAUUUACCCACAAAAACUCACCAUAUGGUAUGGUGUACAAUACAUCUUUCCUCCUUUUCAUUAGUAAAUAAAAUAUCUUAUUGUCUUUCUCCAAAAGUAUUAGUAUUGAUACUGCUGCUUUGCACUUGGAUUGAAUAAACAUUGAAAAUUCA